GCCUUAAGCCGUCUGUUACUCCAACAUGGCCGACAGUUCAUACGGAACGUGAGGGACUUUUCUCAAAGCUAUCAUUUCUGACAAGUUCUUGCCAUGUUGAUGUGUCAAGAGCGACUAUCCCGUUAUAGUUAGCGAAAACCAUGAGGUUAGCUCAUGUGAAUUUGGUGGCGCUUUAGAAAAAAUGUUUUAAGUUUAUUUUAUGGUUAUUUACGUUUAGAAUGUACAGUUCACCGGACAGCGGUCCAAUGAGAUCGGAGGAAUGUUCUGGCAGUUGUAGCAACCUGUUGGUUCACUGCAACCUAACAGCUGUCCGGAGACAGCAGGCUGACAGCAGCAUUAGCCUUUUAAGUUUGGCCAGCGAAGAGGACGAAGACGUUCAAUUUGACACUUCAGAUUCAGAAAGUAACCAUGAGCUACUGAUGGCUGGAAGGCAGUACUCAACCAUCCAAGAGUUUGCUUCAGCAAUCCCCAACCACCUCCUCAUUGGCUCCCUGCUGGAGCACCUGUGCUUCGUCUAUGAGAGCAAUCCUUCCCGUUCACGUAGGCUGUUUAAAGCCAUUGGCAACCGUUUGGCAGCCAUGAACCUUGUCUCCCCUUUGGCCAUAAGUGAUGAAUUCAGCACCAUUAGACUCCAGCAUAACCGAGCUUUCACUGAGUUACUCAGUGCUGCAAGUUCCUCGCUCUUUCGACAGGGCCAGCAACGUCUUGGCACAAAUACACACAAUCCAGCUGUAAGGUCAAAAGAGGGACUCUUCCAGGCUCAGACAUCUCGGUAUCUCAGUGAGUUUGAUGAAAUCUGUCUGCUUGGAAAAGGUUCCUAUGGAAAUGUUUUUAAGGUUGUGAACAAACUGGAUGGUCAGUUUUAUGCUGUGAAGAAGAUUCUGAUUAAGAGAGUCUCAAAGGAGGAUUGCAUGAAGGUUCUUAGGGAAGUCAAAAUGUUAUCCAGCUUGCAACAUGUAAACAUUGUGGGAUAUCACACAGCAUGGAUGGAACAUGUUCAGCCAACAGACUUUUGGUUUGCUGCAGAUCCUGACUUGCACCUUCCUGCUCUGGAAUCCCCUGGAGAAAAAGAUGGUUCGGAUGAAAGCGCCGACAACAGUGGCAACAGCUUUUCUGUGGUUUUCCAAAGCCAAAGUCAAGCAGAUAGUGCAAAUGUACUUCCAUCAGAGAGCCAGUCUUUAGUUUCCAGACCAGACUGCAAGAUUAUGUGUCCCAAGGAGAAGAAUCGUAUGCAGGAUUAUGUUCCCUGCGUCUUCCUUGAACAGGAAGAGCCCAGAAAUGGCUCCAAAUGUCCCGCCAUGAGUCACGACCAGUCGGCAGUGUUAGGCGAGGAGGCCAGUAGGAGCAGCAUUGAACAGAACAAUAACUCCUGCACUGAAAGGGAGCAUCAACAGUGCGCUGAAAUACACUCAAGGAAACCCUCUAAAGAUGUUCAGAUCCACCUGAUGCUCUACAUUCAGAUGCAGCUGUGUGAGCGCUCACUAAAGGACUGGAUCAAUGAGAGGAACUUCAGGCCCAAAGAGGACCAGCUCUCUGACUCUCCUUAUGCUUGUGUUGAUGCUGAACACACACUGAACUUGCUCAGGAACAUUCUGGAAGGGGUGGCAUACAUUCACUCCAGAGGAAUCAUGCACAGAGACUUGAAGCCGAGGAACAUUUUCCUCCAUGGUCAUGAGUGCCACGUCCGGAUUGGAGACUUUGGUUUGGCUUGUAGGGAUAUGAUAGUAGAUGACCAUAAAACUAGUUCUCCUGGUGGCGAUUUCCCCCACACAUCAGGGGUUGGAACAUUUGUUUAUGCUGCACCAGAACAGCUAGAAGGCUCUUAUUAUGAUUCAAAGUCAGAUAUGUACAGCAUUGGGGUUCUGGCUCUUGAACUGUUCCAGCCUUUUGGGACAGAGAUGGAGCGGGUCCGAACCCUCGGGGACCUGAGAGAAGGGAAAAUUCCUGACUCCUUCUGCCACCGAUGGCCAGUUCUCACCAAAUACAUCAGAAACCUGACAAAUAAAGACCCCAGUUUUCGGCCAGCAGCCAGACAACUUCUAGAGAGUGAACUUUUCUUCAAUAAAGACAUGGUAAUCCACGGUUUACAGAAGAGAGUGGAAGAACAGGAGGAGGAGAUCAUGCAGCUGAGGAUGCAGAUCAGCCGGCUUCAGAACUCCACAGCUUCCCCGAACUGAAAAAGACCAGAGCCUUAAGAAAAAUUAUAAAACUUAUUUUAUGAGCCACUGUUUUAAAUUUUUUUUUUUGACUUGAUACAGGUGUGAACAUUUGUGCCUUCUACACCUAGAUAUAUUAUCGUUUUUUUUUUUGUAUUAUAUUUAUUUCCAUCCAGCUGCUAAAUAAAAGCU